AUGGUUAGAAAGACACUUUGCUUCGUGGCGACGAUUGCGAGCAUUGCAGCUGCAUCAACGGAAGGCGGGUUCUUCAUCACACAGGACGUGCUGGAGAGAAUGGCCGGGGCAGGCCCUGUGAACGGAGUAUACACUCUGCAGCAGACAAACAAUGGCAACUUUGUGGUCAGCAACGACACAAAGACUGCUGUUACGCAGAAUCAGGGAACGAUGGAGUUUAAAACAGAUGUUCCGUAUGCAACACCGCUGUAUGCACCUACUGCGAAUGAGGUCAAUUAUGCAACAGAAGAGGCUAUCUGGUCACAAGAGGUGAGCAGGUAUGAAAGCCAGAACCAGAACCCAAGCACGUUUGUGCCGAUUGCUGCGCCUGUGGUGCCGGUGGGCGACAAGGAAGGCACUGCAACAAAGCCGAUUGCGACAGCCGAUGCGAAGAAGGCUGCUACUGACAAGAAGAACGCUGUAGAUACAAAGAAGAAGGGUGUAAAGAGUGGAGUGGCGCUUGGUGCGCUUGGUGCGAUGGCUGUGUUCUCGAUGAUGCUGUAA